CGUGUUGACGUCCUCCCACUUCCUUAGCUCCCUGAAAGAGGGGCAGUCGUCUCUAAUUUGACCACAAAUCCCAAGUUUCUUUGAACCUUCCGCAUUUUUAUCUCGAUAUUUAGGUUAAAUGUUAACAAAUGUUGACAGAAAUGAUCGGAUGGAUUUUGAAACCCGCACAAAUUGUGCUGUAAUUGCGUGUUUAGCCUCAUUCAUCGCAGGCAAAGCUAAAGCUAGCAGCGCGUCAGUGGAGAUAAUUUCCUCCUAAAUCAUCUGCUGAUCCGCAGUCAGUUGGUCCUCUGUUAACUCAGAGCUCAGUAAAACUAACAAUGGCCACUCGGCGUCUGACCGAUGCCUUCUUGUUAAUGCGGAACAAUGCCAUCCAAAACCGGCAGAUUUUGGCUGAGCAAGUGAGUACAAACGACCCCCGUCUGAGUACACGUAGCAAUGCUGCGGAGCUUGAUGAGUUGGCCGACGACCGAAUGGCUCUGGUCUCGGGGAUCAGUCUGGAUCCAGAAGCUGCUAUCGGCGUCACAAAGAAGCUGCCUCCCAAAUGGAUAGAAGGAGUUGAUGAGAUCCAGUAUGAAAUCACAAGGAUUCGGCAGAAGAUGAAGGACCUGGCGUUACUUCACGACAAGCACAUGAACCGUCCCACCCUGGAUGACAGCACAGAGGAGGAACACGCCAUCGAGAUCACGACUCAGGAGAUCACACAGAUGUUCCACCGAUGCCAGCGCGCCGUGACGGGCCUUCAGUCUCGCCGGGGCCACUGCACCGAGCAGGAGGAGAGGCUGUUGGUGAACGUGGUGUCGUCUCUAGCGCAGAGCCUGCAGGACCUGUCCACCAACUUCAGACACACGCAGUCCAGCUAUUUAAAACGUAUGAAGAAUCGGGAGGAGCGAUCGAAGCACUUUUUUGACUCUGGGCCUUUAAUGGAAGAGGAUGAAGAAUUAGCUCUGUACGACAAGGGUUUCACAGACGACCAGUUGAUGCUGGUGGAGCAGAACACUGUUUUAGUGGAGGAACGGGAACGGGAGAUCCGGCAAAUAGUGCAGUCCAUCUCGGAUCUGAAUGAGGUUUUCCGAGACCUGGCAGGAAUGGUGGUGGAGCAGGUACCAGAAGGGGAAGAGUAAAUUGCUUUUCGAUGG